UCGGCUUUCGUUGCCAUGGGUUGGGUGGAUGGCAGCGGUACUGUUUUAGCGUCGCCAGCGACGCGGUCUUUAUUGUUCCACUUCGCCGGUUUUUACGCCCCAGUUUAUUAUUAUACCACCUGCGCCUGGUUUCUUCCGCCGUCGUUCCCUAUUCAUCGUCCUCGUCCGCUCCGCAGGGGGAGCGGCGUACACAUCGCCGCUUCUUCCUUGUCGUUCGCUGGAUUUCCUUCCAUAAUCGGCUGCUAAGCUCACGCGGCGGUUUCUCGUGGCGCGCGCCCGGCGGCCGUCCGCCGGGUGCUUGUUGCGGUGGGCGCCCCUUUGGGCAUUGCUGCCGCGGCCUACUCUGUUCUUCCCCGUUAUGGCUGUGUUCAGUCUGUGGAAACCCACGUGUUUGGAUUCGGUUCUUCGUUCGUUGGUUUUUGGGGGUUCUUUCCCAUCGUUGGUUUCUGACUGUUAUUUGUGUUUUUUCUUUUGGUUAUCCGUCUGGGUUUCAUAUUUUAGUAUCGUCGCCUGUUUACAAAUUGGUUUUAAUCUGGACCGAAGCAUAUUUCUUACGUCUCUGUACUGUCUUGUUCAGUUUCCGCAUCGGUGUCUGAUCCCACCUUUGCGCCAGACUAUUCAACCUUACACCGCGCAGGAGAUUGUAUGUAUUCUCCCGCGGCUAUUAUAUUAUGUAUUUUUCCUUCCUAUGUUUUUUGUGCCAAUAUUGACCAUGUCCUCACCAACUGUCGACCUCAGCGUUGCUGAAUAUAGAUACCACUGUCCCAGUUGCUGCAACACUGUCACGUGUACGAAACAGAUGCAGGCCACCUACCUAGGAAAAUUGGAGAAAGGUCGUCCUAAAGGCUUUGUUUGUGUUCGUAUCAUCAGAAAAUGGACAGUGAAAGAGAACAUGGGUCAAAGAGUGCCACUGUAUGUUGGCUUAGUCCUAGCAGAUGCAAGGGGGGAUGCUAUGUAUGCUGAGAUUCCACAGGAAAUUAUCCACACAUUGGAUCCUCUUCUAGAAGUAGACAACACCUAUGUGAUUAGCAAAUUCAGAGUAAAUCCUGCAAAAGCAUGUUACAAGCCUUUCAGUGGUCAUCUAAUGAUUGAAUUCACAGAAUUUACAUCCAUCAAGUUAUCUGAGAACGUGCCACCAACAUUUCCAAAAUAUAUCUAUGCUCUCACUUCUUUUGACAAGAUUGUACCUGCACAAGGACCAGUUCCUAUCUUAACAGAUAUCCUAGGUUAUAUUACAAAGUACACCUCCGCAACUUCUGUGACCCCAAAAGGAAAAGAAAGAACAAGUAUCCUCAGAGAAAUCUUCGUUAAAGAUAUGAGUGACAAUGAGCUCAAAAUAACACUCUGGGGUGAUCAUGCCAUAAACUUUACCAUCGACCAUCUCAACAAUCAAGAAAACCCCAAAGCAGUUAUUGCUCUUUUUGUUGGUUUCAUACCAAGAAAAUGGCACUCACAUUAUGCUGAGCAUAAACCUUACCUUAGUGGAAGCAGCGGUUCAAAUUACUAUUUAAACCCAGACAUCCAAGAGGCUUUGCCAUUUUACAAAAGAUUCAAGGACGAACCCAUGUACAUAGAGCGACCUCCUCCAUCUGAAGACAACAUUUCUGCGCAACCACAGGACACUCCGCUAGCAGAAAAAACAGUUGCCGAAUUAAAUGCCAUAGAUCCAUAUGAAUUCCCGGAUGAGGGGUACAAAUGCACGGUGACAGUGACACAUAUUCCAGACAAUAUUAGCUGGUGGUAUAUGUCCUGCAAACCAUGCAAGAAAAAGAUGGAUCCACAAGCUGCUGGUGGAUAUAGGUGCCCAAAAUGUUAUGGAACAAAUGCUUUGCCUAGGUAUCUGUUAAACUUCUUUGCCGAGGAUGAAACAGCCGAAGCCAGUUUUUUUGCAUAUGAUGACGUGGCCAAAUUAAUGGUUCUCAAAGACUGCGACCUAAUCUUGAACCCCUUGAAAGUAGCAUCUGGACUAUCACUGCCACUGCAAUCCAUUAUUUCAAAAAAAUUCACCUUCUCCAUUAACCUUACUGAAGACUCAUUCAGCACCAGAUCCAAGAGACAAUAUCUGGUAAAACAUAUUCUGGAACGAUCAGAUAGGCGACAAUCUGCAUUGUACCUUACUGGAUCUGGAAGCAACACACAGCCUGCUCUAACUAUAUCUACCACAUCUGCACGACCACAGACUUCGAUUCAGAUACCGGACACUCCACAGAUUAACCAAGAGGUCCUUCAGAUUGCUGGCACCAGUGAAUCCACACCUGCUCCAAUCAUUGAUUCAGAGAAAACACCUACUAAAGAUCAUAAGAAUGAAUCAUCGGUGCCCGUGACAACUGCCCGUAAAAGAUUAUUUGAAGAAGAAAAUGUUAUUGACAAAGAAAGUACAGGUGCUCAGGAUCUAGAUGCACAGACUGCGGGUGGAGACAAUCUCAUGGAUCUAACUGAUCCACCACCACCAGCAAAAACAAAAAGGCCCAAAUAUAAGGCUCCCAAGUAACGAACCCGCUCUCAUCCAACGUACAUGGACAAAUCAGAAAAUAAAUCUUCAAAGACGAUGGGCAACAACCUUUUGUGCAAGAUGGUACUUACACCCCUUAGAAGCAUGUUGCUUUUUAUCUGCAAGACAAGAUUGUAUCUAUCAGCAGCUAAUGCCAACAGGCAACUUUAUUUUGCUACAUAGUAUGUUCGUUAUGUAAUAAUGCUUUAGGAUACUGUUAUCUGAACAAAGACUGAGAUUAUGUACCUUUUUAUGUAUCCGUAAUACUGAUAUGGUUACCUAUUUGUGCAUCUA